AUGAAACAACAAUUUAUGGGCGUAGCUGUAAAUCCUUCAUCCAUAUCUUCCUCUUCAAGUAGCAGCCACACAGGGAGUAUUAUUGGAUCAUCAUCAUCGGGUGGAGUUGCAACUGGAAAUUAUCUUUCUGCCCUCACUCAAAAUUCUCCAAUGCUAGGUGGUAAAAAUCCAUUGGUAUUGAAUGGAAGCAGUAAUACAAACAUCAACUCGACGUCGUCGGGUGCUCUUGGUAAUGUUAACACAAUCAUCGGUAGCUCGCGAAAUUUAAAUCAACACCAAACAAUGGGUGGGUUUAUGAAUCAGACAAGUUCUGGCGUGGGAGGAUUAAUGGAUGGCAAUUUUAAUCAGAGAGGCAUGGGAGGUAUGACUCCAUCAUCGGCAACCUCGAUUCGAGGCGGUGGACUUCCAUCAUCAUCAUCGGGCCUCAUGAAUCAGCCUGGAAGUGUGAAUCGUAUUUCUCCUACUCAACAACUCAUAAACCGAUCAACAACACCAAGCAGUAGUUUGAAUCAAAACACGACACUAGCAUCGUCGGGAGUUUCAGGUGAUUCAUAUCGGCCUUCAGAAUCAAUUCUAUCAAUGAUUAAUAGUGGACAACAAUUUGCUGGGCAAUUUCCAUCUAGUGCCAUGAAACUUCCCCAAAUCUCCCAAAAUAACAUCUUUAAGAAUAUUGCCCUUUCAAAUUACACACCACAACAAAAGCAAUCCAUGAUAAUACAAGUGAGGAACUUGGCGCAACAAAAUGGAUUUGAUGCCAACACAAUCGAUCAACAUUUUCAAGAGUAUCUCAUGUACGAGCAAACGAGACAAUAUCAACUCCAUCUUUUGCAGCAGCAGCAACAAAUGCAACAACGUCAAGUUACUGCUGACGACAAGUACAGUCUUUUUGGGCUGACAAGCAUUUUCAAGGCAAAAGAUUCUGAUUUAGCUGUUCUUGCUCUUGGACUGGAUUUGACAUCGCUGGGUUUAAAUUUGAAUGCAACUGAGCAAAUCUAUCAUCAAUUUGCAUCACCCUUUUCUGACAUUCAACCUCCUGGAAUUAUUCCUGAUUACAGAGUUCCCGAUUGUUACAAGCUUCACAUGCCUCUACACGAAUUUCACAUUGAAAAGUUUACUGACGAGACGCUGUUGUACAUGUUUUAUGCCAUGCCACGUGAUGUUUUGCAACUUGUUGCAGCAAGAGAACUUACCAAAAGAGGCUGGAAAUACCACAAACCUACCCAAUUAUGGUUUAUCCGAGAUGUCAGUGUGAAUGAUUUUGUUCAGACUCCAGACGGUGAGAAGGGUACAUAUUUCUACUUUGACGUCCAAUCGUGGUCUAGGAAACGAAAAGCUGGCGUCAUAUUAAGUUAUGAUAUGCUGUACAACCCUGCUCCUUUCUUGCAACAACAACAGCAAAAACAAUAG